AUGGAUAAAACAGGUGGCUUCCAGGAACCCCGCUAUCUCGACUUCGUGCGCUCUUCGGAGCCCACUGGCGUCGAUGGCAAGCCCAUGCUCAAUCGCUACUCAACGCAUCUGACUCGUCAGCAUGACUUCCCCGGGGCACAGGCUAUGCUCUUCGCCGCGGGCGUGCCAGACAGACAAGCAAUGCAGACGGCUCCUCAUGUCGGCAUCGCCAGUGUUUGGUGGGAAGGCAAUCCCUGCAAUAUGCACCUUCUAGACCUGGGCAAGGAGGUCAAGAAGGCCGUCAAUGCUCGUGGAAUGCUGGGCUGGCAGUACAAUACCAUCGGUGUAAGCGAUGCCAUCACCAUGGGAAACCAAGGAAUGCGAUUCAGUUUGCAAACUCGCGAGAUCAUCGCCGACUCGGUCGAGACAGUGACUUGUGCCCAGGCGCAUGAUGCCAACAUCACCAUUCCUGGCUGCGACAAGAACAUGCCGGGUUGCAUCAUGGGCAUGACGAGGCACAACAGACCGAGUUUGAUGAUUUACGGAGGGACUAUCGACAAAGGAUACUCGGAGACUUUGCGCCGGCCCAUCAACGUCGCCACCUGUUACGAGGCAUUUGGUGCGUACACGUUCAAUACCCUGCGUCAACCGGACGAUGGGGGUGACACAUCCAAGACCAAAGACGAGAUCAUGGAGGAUCUUGAAAGGCAUGCCUGUCCGGGUGCCGGGGCCUGUGGUGGCAUGUACACCGCCAACACCAUGGCCACAGCAAUCGAGUCAAUGGGAUUAUCGCUGCCUGGAUCGAGUUCGACACCAGCGAGUUCGCCAGCUAAAAUGCGAGAAUGUGCCAAAGCCGCAGAUGCCAUCAAAGUCUGCCUGGAACAGGACAUCACACCAAAGAAACUUUUAACCCCCAAAUCCUUUGAGAACGCACUCGUCAUAACCAUGGCCCUAGGAGGAAGUACCAACGCGGUCCUCCACUUGCUCGCCAUGGCCGUCACCGCCGGUGUGGAGCUCACCCUCGAUGACUUCCAGCGCGUGAGCAAUAAGAUCCCCUUCCUCGCAGAUCUUGCACCAUCGGGAAGAUAUUCCAUGGCAGAUCUCUACGAGAUCGGGGGCGUGCCAAGUGUACAGAAACUCCUGAUCGCAGCGGGCAUGCUCGACGGCUCCAUUUUGACAGUAACUGGUAAGACCCUGGCUGAGAAUGUCGCGAGCUGGCCCAGCCUUCCCAGCGAUCAAGUCAUCAUCAAGAGCCUAAAAACCCCCAUCAAGGAGAGCGGACACAUUCAGAUUCUCAAAGGCAAUUUUGCACCUGCCGGAGCGGUGGCAAAGAUCACAGGAAAAGAAGGCCUUCGAUUCACGGGAAAGGCGAGGUGUUUUGAAAAGGAGGCUGAAUUGAACGAUGCUCUGAAUAGAGGUGCGAUACCACGUGGAGAGAAUCUUGUGCUCAUCGUCAGAUAUGAGGGACCCAAGGGUGGGCCAGGGAUGCCGGAGCAGCUAAAGGCCAGUGCAGCCAUCAUGGGGGCAGGUCUCACGAACGUCGCUCUUGUGACUGACGGACGGUACUCGGGUGCAUCACACGGAUUUAUCGUGGGCCACGUUUGUCCCGAGGCAGCCGUUGGUGGCCCGAUUGCGUUGGUCAAAGACGGUGACGAAGUGACCAUCGAUGCCGAGAAAAACAGUAUCUCGAUGGAUGUCAGUGACGAGGAGCUGGAAAGACGUCGAAAGGAGUGGAAACCUCCAAGGCCGGCAGUAACGAGGGGCACCCUAGCAAAAUAUGCAGCGCUCGUCAGUGAUGCCAGUCAUGGGGCUGUCACAGAUCUGUUCUGA